AUGGAGUCAAACUUCAUCGGCGACGACUACGGACCACUCUUCCACUAUCAGUAUCGAUUGAUAGUCAUCGGCGAUUCUACAGUAGGCAAAUCCAGCCUUUUGCGCUAUUUUACCGAGGGAAAAAUGGCCGAAAUCAGUGAUCCCACUGUUGGCGUCGAUUUUUAUGCCAGAAUGAUCGAGUUGAGGCCUGGAUAUCGUGUGAAAUUACAGUUAUGGGAUACUGCCGGGCAGGAAAAAUUUCGCUCCAUCACCAAAUCCUACUACCGUAACUCUGUCGGAGUCCUGGCAAUCUACGACAUAACAAAUCGAAAAUCCUUUGAACACGUCGAGAAUUGGGUCAAGGAGGCGGCGCAGAACCUGGGCGGUCCGUCGCCCGGAAAAUGCGUUUUUCAGUUGGUUGGCACAAAGUGCGAUAUGGAAGCGCAGAGACAGGUCAACUACGAGGAAGGCGAAUAUUUUGCGAAAUAUCACAAAAUGAAGUUCAUCGAGACGUCGUCGCGAAGCGGCGACAAUGUCAAUGAGGCGUUUCAUAUGAUUGCUCAGGAGAACGAAGCUUCCCGACUGGAGACAAUCAAGGAGCGUGUGGAUGUUGAUAAUUGA